AGUGAGCACGAUGGCCGCCGGUCCGAUUGCGGAACGAAAUCAAGAUGCCACGAUUUACGUCGGCGGUUUGGAUGACAAAGCCACCGAAACGCUGCUCUGGGAGCUGUUCGUGCAGAGCGGCCCCGUCGUGAAUGUUCACAUGCCGAAGGAUCGCGUCACGCAGAUGCACCAGGGUUACGGAUUCGUGGAGUUCCUGGGUGAAGAGGAUGCCGACUACGCGAUCAAGAUCAUGAACAUGAUCAAGCUGUACGGGAAACCGAUCCGUGUGAACAAAGCGUCGGCACAUCAGAAGAGCCUCGACGUCGGAGCCAACAUUUUCAUCGGCAACCUGGAUCUCGAGGUGGAUGAAAAGCUGCUGUACGACACGUUCUCUGCCUUCGGCGUGAUCCUGCAGACGCCCAAGAUUAUGCGCGAUCCGGAGACGGGUAACUCAAAGGGCUUCGCCUUCAUCAACUUCGCCAGCUUCGAGGCGUCCGAUGCGGCUAUGGACGCGAUGAACGGUCAGUACCUUUGCAAUCGGCCCAUCUCCGUAUCGUACGCGUUUAAGAAGGAUUCCAAGGGCGAACGGCACGGAUCGGCCGCUGAGCGUUUACUGGCCGCUCAGAACCCACUAUCGCACGCUGAUCGUCCCCAUCAGCUGUUCGCCGAUGCUCCGGUUCCUCCGUCGAUGCAUCCUGCCAUGAUGGGAGGGCAUCCGAUGAUGCCACCACCGUUGAUGGCACCACCUCCACCCCCAACGAAUCCGGCUUCUGUCUUACCGCAACCACCGGUAAUGCCACCGCCACCGCAAGCUCCGUCGGGUUACGGUGUUCCGGGUGCGAUUCCGCCUCCUCCGCUACCGCCACCGAUGGGUGUUCAACCGCAGCCACCACUGCCAGCCGCUCCGAUGGGUAUUCCGCCGCCUCCGAGGAUGAUUCCACCGCCACCGUGGCAACAACCGGGUGCUCCAAUGCCACCGGCACCGGUCGGUGUUCCGGCACCUCCACCGGCUCCCUCAGCACCAUUUCCACCACCACCUCCGGCCUUCCCGCCAGGUGCUGGCGGUGCAGGAGCCUUUCCACCACAACCACCAGCACCGGGAGCACCGAGACCGCCGCCUCCGGGUUCACUAAGACCUCCGCAGCCUCCGCCACCCCAACUACCCGGAUUUCCACCACGCCCACCACCAGCAAGCGCAUUCCCCUCUCAACCACGACUACCACCACCCCCACCAUCGAGCAACUACCCGACCGAAGGCUAUGGUGGCUACUAAUCCGGAUGUGCAGUACCCCGGCAGACAAGAACAACGCAGGAACACAGGUUGAAUGCAUUUUCCUCCCUCCUUUCUCAUGGACGUCGACGUCGACGCUAUUCUGCUGUAUUCAUUUUUCCUCCCAAUAUGGUACAAUCAAAUAAUACAAAAAUUUAAAAAAAAUGGAAUAUCAACACCAUUUUGCGCGC